AUGAGUCUGACAUUUGGAAAAUGCAUUGGAAUCAUUCUGUUAUGCGUCUCUAUCCAAUUUUUCCUUACUACACGUGCCGUUCUCAAUAUCAACAAAAAGUCGGCAUUAGGAAACCGAACCAUUUCCUACAGUCUUCGGAUGACCAAAAUUCUAUGUGUUGAUUUACCAUAUCAACGUACACACCUUAACAUAUGCAAAAUGGAACGGUUAUCAAAUGGCACUGUGGGCUUGAACGUAUCUAUCGACGUCCCAACAUCGGUGAAUUACUUCGUGAUCUUCGUGAAGUUACAUUACAAAUAUACCACAUAUCGACCGUUCAUGAUUGACUGGAGCAUGGAGUACUGUCAGGCAUAUCGUGCUGGAAAAUACAAUCCUACCAACGCUAUUUUAUUGAACAUAAUUGCUCACACAGUUCCAAAGUAUUAUUUACCGUGUCCUCAUGGGAACCGCACAUACUCUAGUGUUUGGUUUCUCAACCCUAAACUCAUCCCUUCAACUAUACCUUCCGGUGACUACAGGUUAGACGUUUCCAUACGAGAUUCCUCCAAUAUAACACUAUUUUCUGGUCAAGCAUACGGUUCCGUUCGAAGGCAAGGUAUAGUAGGUUAA